GUGUGCAUUCAAAGCAAAAACUUUAUUUUGGGAUGGCGGUGGAGGAAAUAAAAGAAAGAAGAAGGAAGGGGAAGCGGCGGCAACAAACGGAGGGAACACAUGAGCAAUGACGGUCAUGAGUUCCAACCUGCAGCCCAUUUUACCACGAGUUUUCUGAACAGAAAGGACGGGAACAGCCGGUCUCCUUUUGUUUGGCCACUUAGAAACUAGGAAGUGAGCCACAAAGUGACUUCCCGUUAGUUCAUGCCGCUCUUAUAACUGCUACCUUGACCUCUUGCUGUGAGGGCCCUCUGGAAGCUGCCAUGACACACCAGGGUUUGUGAUGUCAGGGUCCAGCAACGGACCAGGACCAGAGGACAAACAGGAGGGGAGACACAAGGACAUUCCUCGGUUUGUGGUUGGAUGUGAGGAGGAUGAGGAGGACGACGACAUGGACCAAGUGGAGAUUGAUAUGAAGAGCGACAACAGUCGGGAAGAGGACAUGGAAGAGGAUGAUGACUCUCUGAGAGGACAAAUCGUCGUGGGCAUCUGCUCCAUGAUGAAGAAGUCCAAGUCCAAGCCCAUGACUCAGAUCCUGGAGCGACUCUGUAAGUUUGAGUACAUCGAUGUGGUCAUCUUUCCUGAGGAGGUGAUCAUGGAGGAACCUGUGGAGAAGUGGCCCCACUGUGACUGCCUCAUCUCCUUCCAUUCCAAAGGUUUUCCUCUUGACAAAGCCGUGGAAUACGCCAAGCUACGGAAUCCGUUGCUCAUCAAUGACCUCAACAUGCAGUAUUUCAUUCAGGACAGGAGAGAAGUUUAUCGGAUCUUGAAAGAAGAGUUUAUUGAACUUCCUCGCUUUGCUGUUUUAAACCGAGACCAUCCUGAAGAGUGUAAUCUGGUGGAGGGGGAGGACCAUGUGGAGGUGAACGGGGAGGUGUUCCCAAAACCCUUUGUGGAAAAGCCGGUGUGUGCAGAGGACCACAACGUCUACAUCUAUUACCCCACGUCUGCAGGAGGAGGCAGCCAGAGGCUCUUCAGAAAGAUCGGUAGUCGCAGCAGUGUUUAUUCUCCAGAAAGCAGCGUUCGAAAGACUGGAUCCUACAUCUAUGAAGAGUUCAUGCCAACGGAUGGUACUGAUGUAAAGGUUUACACGGUGGGUCCAGACUACGCCCACGCUGAGGCCAGAAAGUCGCCUGCUCUGGACGGGAAGGUGGAGCGCGACAGCGAGGGGAAGGAGAUCCGUUAUCCAGUCAUGCUGACUGCAUUUGAGAAACUAGUGGCUCGCAAAGUUUGCCUGGCAUUUAAGCAAACAGUAUGUGGCUUCGACCUGCUGAGAGCCAAUGGCCAUUCCUUUGUCUGCGACGUGAACGGUUUCAGCUUUGUCAAAAGCUCCAUGAAAUACUACGAUGACUGUGCCAAGAUCCUCGGAAACAUGAUAAUGCGAGAGUUGGCUCCAAAGUACAGCAUCCCCUGGUCCAUCCCCAUAGAGGAUGAAGACAUUCCCAUCGUCCCCACAACCUCUGGAACCAUGAUGGAGCUCCGUUGUGUUAUCGCCAUCAUUCGCCAUGGAGACCGAACGCCAAAGCAGAAGAUGAAAAUGGAGGUCCGACACCAUCUGUUUUUUGAAUUGUUCGAUAAAUAUGGAGGAUACAAAACAGGAAAGCUGAAGUUAAAAAAGCCAAAACAGCUGCAGGAAGUGCUCGAUAUUGCCCGCCAGCUGCUGGUUGAACUGGGCCAGCACAACGACUGUGAGAUUGAAGAAAAGAAAUCCAAACUGGAACAACUUAAGACUGUCUUGGAAAUGUAUGGUCAUUUCUCGGGUAUCAAUAGGAAAGUCCAGCUGACCUACAUUCGGAAAGGCAAACCUAAAACCUCCAGUGAAGAAGAAGACUGCAAGAAGGAUGGUCCAUCCCUGCUGUUGGUUUUGAAGUGGGGUGGGGAGCUGACGCCAGCAGGCCGAGUUCAGGCCGAGGAGCUGGGCAGGGCCUUCCGCUGCAUGUAUCCCGGAGGUCAAGCUGGUAAUCGCCGGUCCCUUGGCUGUGAGUCCCCUAUUGACUUUGGCGACUUCGCUGGCUUUCCUGGAUGUGGCCUCCUGCGUCUGCACAGCACGUACCGCCACGACCUGAAGAUCUAUGCCUCUGACGAAGGCAGGGUGCAGAUGACCGCCGCAGCUUUUGCCAAGGGCCUGCUGGCUUUAGAGGGGGAACUCACACCCAUUCUUGUCCAAAUGGUGAAAAGUGCCAACAUGAACGGGCUGCUGGACAGUGACAGCGACUCUCUGACUGACUGCCAGCAGAAGGUGAAGGCCAGGUUACAUGAGAUCAUGCAGAAGGACCAAGAGUUUGUGCAAGAAGACUAUCACAAGCUGGCACCGACAGGAAGUCCAUCCCUUGUUAACUCCAUGGACAUCAUUGAGAAUCCAGUCAAAACCUGUGAUAAGGUGUACGGGCUGAUCCAGAGCCUUACCUCACAGAUCCGGAAGAGACUGGAAGAUCCCAAGUCUGCAGACUUGCAGCUUUACCACAGUGAGACUCUGGAGCUGAUGCUGCAGCGCUGGUCAAAGCUGGAGAGAGACUUCCGCAUGAAGAACGGCCGCUACGACAUCAGCAAGAUCCCAGACAUCUAUGACUGCAUCAAAUACGACUCGCAGCACAACGCCUCGCUGGGCUUGGAGGACACGAUGGAGCUGUUCAGACUGUCGCGAGCUCUGGCCGACAUCGUCAUUCCUCAGGAGUACGGCAUCAGCAAAGCGGAGAAACUGGACAUUGCUCAGGCUUACUGUGUCCCUCUGAUGAAGAAGAUCCAGCUGGAUCUGAAAAGGACCCAUGAAGACGAGGCGGUCAACAAGCUGCACCCCCUGUAUUCUCGAGGAGUAAUGUCUCCUGGACGUCAUGUCCGCACGCGCCUUUACUUCACCAGUGAAAGCCAUGUCCACUCUCUACUCAACAUGUUUCGUUAUGGAGGACUUCUGAAUGAGGAGAACGACCAGCAGUGGAAGCAGGCGAUGGAGUACCUGAGUGCUGUGACUGAACUCAACUACAUGACUCAGAUCGUCAUCAUGCUGUACGAGGACAACAACAAGGACCUGACCUCAGAUGAGCGUUUCCACGUGGAGUUUCACUUCAGCCCAGGAGUUAAAGGCUGUGACGAUGAAGAGAACGUCCCUCUGGGCUUUGGUUUCCGCCCAGCCUCCUCUGAGGUGUGUGAGGAUAAUGAAGACAAGAAGACGAACCAGGGCAGUCUGGAGUGUCUUUCAGAGGACCAGACGGACCGAGCACUUCCUGUCUCAGAUCCGAUAAAUAUUCAGCGGAAGUCUCCAAUGAUCCGCAACAGGAAGACGGGAUCCAUGGAGGUCCUCUCUGAGACAUCCCCAACCCACUCCUCCAAAGGCGGCACAUCCCAUCGAUUCUUCCAGUCCUGUUCCCGUCAGUCUCCUGAAAUCAAACCGACUGGUGGUUUAGAGGCCUCCGAUGAACUCGCUGAGCUGGCCCUGCUGGGUUUUGGCCCUCAGGCUUUGGAUAGGGCCAUGUCCCACCACCUGCACCACUGCCCUUACCACCUCUACCUCCUCAAAGCCCAGCUGAUGUGUGGUCAGGAGCUCCCAGAAUCUCUCCACGGGUUUGAAGGCUGCUCCAUGGUGCCCUCCAUCUAUCCCCUGGAGACGCUACACAACUCGUUGUCGCUGAAGCAGGUGGAGGAGUUUCUCAGCAGGGUGUGUGAGAGCAGCAGCGAGGCUCACGUCAAAACCAUGAAGGCUCUUUCAGGCUUGUUUGACUCCCAGAGCCAGAGCUCUCUGUACAGUCUGCACCAUCCUCUGUCCGCCUCUGGAUCUGAGGCGUCACUGCGACCGCCCAGCCAGACCGUCUGCCACGGCAGCGUCCCCUCCAGCACCGUGUCCAGCGCAGGCCCCUCCUGCCCCCCCUCUCCAAACACAGAGACCUCCGGGCAGAACUUUGGGGUCAGUGGUUAGAACGUGGGGCCGAGGUCCCCAUUAACACAACAGGAUCAUCUGCCCACAUUUACCUCAACUGUAAAGGGAUGAAACUGGAUCUGAACUGCUGGACUCCUGGAGGUGCAGCUCUCCAGUUUCUAGAAACAUUCAUCCUGACGUGAGUGAACCAACCAGCAGUGCCUUUAGUUUAAUAUCAUGCCUCUUUCAUUCAGAGUAGUCAUUUAUUUAGUGUUUCAUAAAUACAACUGCCUUAUCUUUAUGGUAUUUUGUCAUACGCUUUAACAUCGGAGCUCCAGUGUUUUUAUUUCCUUUGAUGUACUGUAACUUUUACUCCAUUAGAAGGAUAAUUCCAGUAAAUUUUGAAGGAGAAAAGCGGCUCACGCCGCUUUUCUCCUUCAAAAUUUACUGGAAUUAUCCUGCUAACAGUUGAGUGUUAUAGUUCGUUAAAGAUUUUGUGUUUUUAGCGUCACCGACGACGCCUCAGGUGUUAAAGGGUUAAAAAUAAACAUGUUUUCUGUAAUAAUCUUCCAUUCGGUCAGAGGAGUCUAGAGAUAACCGGUUCCUCAGCUCUGACAUUCCCAAAGAACCCAAGUAUCGUCAACGCUAACAAACGCUGUGCUAGCUAAUGUCACACAACUCCAACUUCACGAUGACUUUAUGUCACUUAGGGGUGUUUCCCUAAAACGGCCUUUAGUCAUCCAAUCAAGAAUCACCAAAGCAAGUAUAGUCAGAGAUGUGGUUCCACACAGUCACUUUGCUGCUUUAAGAACUCUUGUUUUACACUCACCUGUUUGAGCAAAGCAAACAGUAUAAUUACAGUGUGCCUUUGAUGAUCUGAGGGCUUUCUGUCGGCUUAGCUAGUAUUUUCAUCAGAUUCUCAGGUAGACGGAUAACCAAAAGCGACUUAACCCGCACUCAGAUGAGCUUAAAUAAUGUGGGCAGAAUACAAAAAUAAUGAUACAGAUGUCAGAAAAUGCUUUAUUUCCAAUGAUCUACUCCAAAAUGAGUUGUUGUCCAAAGUUUUUGAAAAAGUUUAGAAUGUUUGUAUUUUAUUGUCAGUAACGCAUUUUUGCUUCAGAUGUCAAAUUCGACAAAUGUUAGUGUCUACGUUCGUGUUAAGAGCUCCUCAAAGAUGUGUGUUCUGUGAUGCUUCUGGAAAAUAAUAAAGUUUAAAACCAAAAUG